GAGAGAGAGAGAGAGAUUCCCUCUCACAUCACAAGCGGCUGCCAGGGCGUAGAUGUGUUCCUGCGGCUCCCCACAAUCCUCUGUUGUAGAUGUAACCUGUGGCUGAAGGAGGUGUCUGGUCGGUGGGUGCAGGAUGUAAGGACUACCGGCUGAUACACGGGCCACAACUUGUCCGCGAAGUGCAGGAUGCGGUCACCGGAUUCAGACGCGGAGUCUUCUCGUGGGGGGUUCGGUGAGCGCUUUAAAACAUGACGGGUCAGGCCCUGGGUGAGCUGCGCGGCGGGACUCGCGCGCAUGAUAACGCCGCCAUCCACAUCAACGUGGGCGGCUUCAAGAAGCGCCUCCUGUCCCACACCCUCUCCCGGUUCCCCGAGACGAGGCUCGCACGCCUGCUCCACUGCCAGUCCAAAGAGUCCAUCCUGGAGCUGUGCGACGAUUACGACGACACGGAGAAGGAGUUCUACUUCGACAGGAACCCGGCGCUCUUCCCCUACGUGUUGAAUUUCUACAACACAGGCCGGCUGCACGUCAUGGCCGAGCUGUGCAUCUUCUCUUUCAGCCAGGAGAUCGAGUACUGGGGCAUCAACGAGUUCUUCAUCGAUUCGUGCUGCAGCAGCGCUUACCACUGCCGGAAAAUGGACCAGGACCGGGAGGACUGGGACGACAGGAGCGACGAAGGGAGCACCACGUCGUCUUUCGACGAGCUGUUGGAGUUUUACAGUGACGCCACGAAGUUUGACAAGCAGCCACUCGGGAGCGCGCGGAGGCGCGUGUGGUUGAUGCUGGACAACCCCGGCUACUCCGUGGCCAGCCGCAUCAUUAGCAUCCUCUCCAUCCUCGUCGUGCUCGGCUCCAUCGCGACCAUGUGCCUGAACAGCAUGAGCGAGUUCUGCCUGUUGGACGACGAAGGGCUGCCCGCGGAAGACCCCCGUUUCGAGACCAUGGAGCACUUCGGCAUCGGCUGGUUCACUCUCGAGCUGGUCGCCCGGUUCACGGUGGCGCCGGACCUGCCGCAUUUCUUCGAGCACCCGUUGAACCUGAUCGACCUGGUGUCCAUCCUCCCGUUUUACCUGACGCUCCUCGUCAACCUAGUGGUGGAGAGCAGCCCGACGCUGGCCAAUCUGGGACGCGUCGCGCAAGUGCUGAGGCUGAUGAGGAUUUUCCGCAUCCUGAAGCUGGCGCGUCACUCCACGGGACUGCGCUCGCUGGGGGCCACCCUCAGGAACAGUUAUAAGGAGGUGGGCCUGUUGCUCCUCUACCUGGCCGUCGGGGUGUCAUUUUUCUCCGUCAUGGCCUACACGGUGGAGAAAGAGGACAGCGACGAUCUCUCCACAAUCCCGGCGUGCUGGUGGUGGGCCACCGUCAGCAUGACCACCGUUGGAUACGGGGACGUGGUGCCGGUGUCCAUAGCUGGCAAGCUUACCGCCUCGGCGUGCAUCUUGGCCGGGAUCCUUGUUGUCGUGCUUCCAAUCACGCUCAUUUUCAACAAAUUCUCUCUCUUCUACAAGAGACAGAAGCAGCUGGAGGCUGCGAUGAGGAGCUGCGACUUCGACGAGGGGAUCAAGGAGGUGCCCCCGGUCAACCUGAGGAACUAUUAUGCGCAUAAAGUCAAAUCCCUCAUGGCGAGCUUGUCUAACAUGAGCCGGAGCUCACCAAGCGAGCACAGCCUGAACGAAUCAAUACACUGAGACGGAGUUUCAUCAAGGACAUGGGGACGGGACGGGUGGUGGGGGUGGGGUCAGGCUAGGUGACGCCUCUCAUUCAACGUGGCCCUGAACGUGGAGCUAUCCAGGGUGCUGAAACCCCUGACAGAAAAAAAACACUCCUUCCCUUCACUGAUGUCUGACCGUUUGUCUCCUUGUAGCUCAGUGCAAAAACGUGUUAUUCUAUGUGACAGUGACAAGGAGAAAGCAGGAGAAGGUACAGAGCAGUCUGCGAUGAUACAUAAAUAUGAUAUUUCACUGUGCUUUAUGAUGGCCAAUCUAAACGCCAAAACGUGGGCACGUAAGAUGAAAAACGCGAAUGCUGCCUUGUUUGCAGUUAUAGACGGUGUCACACUGUAGUCCAUCCUCCAGCUGUACAUGUCAUGUCAGACAGUAACUGCGGCUCUCACGCUCUCAUAGUUGUUGAUGUGUAAUUGUUGUGUUGCAACAGGUUUACUUCAGAUGUGUGGUGAAAAGCAAACUGUAUUAAACAAAAAUGCACAACA